AAAAAAUAUAAAUUUCCAAAACCAACUGUCGUCCUUCCAUAACGUUCCGCUUUUCUCCCAUCGCCUUCUCCGUCCGACCAUUUCUGCUCCACCGCCGCCGGCGACGCUAUCCCAUCAAAUUUCCCCUUCAUCCGAUGGCUGCAAUGUCAACGAACGUUGUCCAAAAUGUUUUUGUAGCACAGAAUAGGCAGAUAGCAACCCAGUACCAAAGGGACAGUUCUGCCCCUAAUACCUGCAAAUUGCUUCCCUUUCAUGGAGGGAAGUUGGCAUGGACUGGCAUAUCUUCCAUGCACAUGCACACAUGGUCAAAAUUCCACAGUGGUUUUGCUAACCGAAGACCUAUUUUCUGCAAUGCUGCUACAACCACUGCUGUUCCUUCUCUGGACAAAGUGGACUUUUUGAAACUUCAAAAUGGCAGUGAUAUCCGAGGAGUGGCUGUUCCUGGCGUGGAGGGUGAACCUAUUAGUCUCACUGAACCAGUUACAGAAGCAAUAGCUGCUGCAUUUGCUGCAUGGUUAUGUGAUAAGAGAAAAGCUGAUGCAACCAGACCUUUAAAAGUUUCCAUUGGUCAUGAUUCCCGCAUAUCAGCCCAAAAACUACAGGAUGCAGUUUCUCGAGGCAUUACUGGUGCAGGAUUGGAAGUAAUUCAAUAUGGAUUGGCAUCUACACCAGCAAUGUUUAAUAGCACAAUGACAGAAGACGAAGCAUUUUUCUGUCCAGUUGAUGGAGCUAUCAUGAUAACAGCUAGUCAUCUUCCUUUCAACAGGAAUGGGUUCAAAUUUUUCACUAAUGCUGGGGGGCUUGGAAAGCCUGACAUCAAAGACAUUUUGGAUCGAGCCGCAGACAUAUAUAAAAGCUUUACAGAUGAAAGUUUGUCUCAAUCAAAGAAAAGAGCCUCUGAAUUGGUGAAGAAAGCUGAUUACAUGACUGUUUAUACCUCCGACCUCGUGAAGGCUGUCCGCAAAGCAGCUGGAAAUAUAGAGAAGCCAUUGGAGGGGUUUCACAUUGUUGUUGAUGCUGGAAAUGGUGCAGGAGGAUUCUUUGCUGCAAAAGUUCUUGAGCCUCUUGGGGCAAUAACUUCUGGGAGUCAGUUCCUAGAGCCAGAUGGUAUGUUUCCCAAUCAUAUUCCCAACCCAGAGGAUAAGGCAGCAAUGAAAGCUAUCACCAAAGCAGUCCUUGCUAACAAAGCUGAUUUGGGGAUCAUCUUUGACACAGACGUUGACAGAUCUGCUGCCGUGGACUCUACUGGACGCGAGUUGAACCGCAAUCGCUUAAUUGCGCUGAUGUCUGCUAUUGUCCUGGAGGAGCAUCCAGGAACAACUAUUGUCACCGACAGUGUAACUUCUGACGGGUUGACUACAUUUAUUGAAAAGAAACUUGGUGGAAAGCAUCAUCGGUUCAAAAGAGGCUACAAAAAUGUGAUUGAUGAAGCCAUUCGUCUGAACGCUGUUGGUGAGGAGUCACAUCUUGCUAUUGAAACCAGUGGACAUGGAGCUCUGAAGGAAAACCACUGGCUUGAUGAUGGUGCAUAUCUCAUGGUCAAGCUUCUAAACAAACUUGCCUCAGCCAGGGCAUCAGGAAAUGGGGGUGGGAGCAAAGUCUUAACCGACCUGGUUGAAGGCUUAGAGGAACCUGGAUUUGCAGUGGAACUAAGACUGAAAAUCAAUCAGAAUCAUCCAGAUCUUAAAGGAAGACCAUUCCGGGAAUAUGGAGAGGCAGUUCUCAAGCAUUUGGAUAACUAUGUAGCUUCUGACCCUAAACUUCAGAAAGCUCCAGUUAACUAUGAAGGGGUGAGUUGAUCUUUGAUUAGCAGCUGAUGAGAUUUUGUACAGUUGCUGUGACUUGAGACUUUGAACAGUCCAGUUAACUCUUCAUGUGUGUACGCAGCUCCGGGUUUCUGGUUAUGGUGGAUGGUUCCUUCUCAGGCUCUCCCUUCAUGAUCCUGUCCUUCCUCUCAAUAUUGAGGGACCAACCGAUGCUGAUGCUGUAAAACUGGGAAUUGCUGUGGCUUCUGCCGUGAAGGAGUUCCCUGCUCUGGACACAUCUGUGUUGGACAAAUUCGUCCAAGGUUCGUAAGACUCGGGGCUGUUUUUGCUUUUUGGCGCUCGUGAGCCACUUUUUUGCUUACUUAGAUGGUGGAUGAGCUGGAAAAGUUGUGUUUCGCUUGUAUAUGAACGAUGAAGAUUGAAUAAAAGCAAAGAUACAAACAUCUUGUAACAGUUUCAUCCAUUUAUGAAAGAACUGACACUUGAUUUUUGCUCUCUAUACAAACCCAUUUAAUCCCAACCACAACCCAUUUGCAACCUCUGCUGAUCAUGUUCAGGCAAUCUAAAUCAGGCAGCGAUUGCUGAAGCUUUUUACAAUCAUGAUACAACUACAUUAUGCAACAUAUCUGCAUUUAGAUAAGUUCCCAUUCCAUACAUAUGACUUAUAUACAACAAGAGCAGCUGCUGAUAAGGAUCCUUCCUACUUUCGACAUUCUUUUUCUUCUUUUACCUACAAGUAUCUGCGUGUAAUUUUGUUGAAAGGAGACGCUAACUGCUAGUUCGUUGUGGAGUUUAGCAGCUUCAUCAUGAAGUUGAAUUGAACAUCUGGGGAGGUUCUAGGCUGAGGCCAGUUUGCACCCUCAGGCACCCUGAUGGACUUGAACCCUUGCCCUCUGUACAGUCUGAUAGCACCAGGGUUACGCAGAUCACAGUGAAGAGCAACGGCAUGGCAGCCCCAAGUCUUAGCCAAUGCUUCUGCCUUGGCUACAAGCUGUUUUCCUAUCCCCUUUCGCCGGUACCUCUCUCGAACUGCUACAUUCGAUAUGUAGGCAAUUCCAGUCCUUCUUUGGCGCAGUGGGCCUUUUCUAGGAAGGAAAUCGGCAACAGUGUCCACGGUCAAGAUCCCGGCAACAUAUCCCUUGUUGAGAGUGAACUUGGCAUCAAACCCUCCAAUCUUGAUAUCCUCGCUACCAAUGUAGAAGGAUUGAUCAAUGGAGCUGCUGCCAACAACAGCCACAAGGCAGAUUUUCUUGCAACCAGCAGGUACAGAGAAGCCAAGCAGCAUUCCAACUAUCCUAUCCAUUCUCAGCACGAAAUCCAUUGGGAAGGAGUAAUCAGGGAAGAAGGAGCUGCAGUGAGUCUCUGCCACUUCCCAACAGUCCUCAACCCUUGCCUCCCUCACCGUUAUCUCUGGUGACAGAGUUGGGAACAACUCCGCCACUUGACUUGCUCUGCAUAUUCCUGCAGUUUGGUGACCAGAAUCGACCUGAAUGAUAUUCCACACCAGCCCAAAACUAACCGAGAAUAUAGAAAAGUGCUAAAACAAAGAAAAUAAGAUAGCGUAAAAGGCAUUGGAAUGCGGCUGAAAGAGAAAACAACCAUUCUCAACAACCAUUACAAGUUACAACAAUGCCAGCACUAAAAUAACCACGUUCAAGGAACUGGGUUUUGACAAGCAACUGAAAUUUAUGCUCUUAACACUGAACACCAAAAGGGUCAUGUGAUCCACACGCAUGCAAUUACAGAUACAUACAAUAGAAAGGUAAAACGAGUAGACAACAAUGGCAAGCUCAAUUCUAGGCAGAACUAGCUUAACCUGAGAUAAAUGGCCAAAGUAGUAAUCUGAAAGACUCAAUAAAACUAUAUCCCAUUAGAGGCGAAAUUCACCAGAUCGAAAACAAGAGAAAAAGGAAUGAUCUUUGCAGUAGAAAAGCAGCAUAAAACCCACGAUUGACACCGAACCAACAACAGGAGAACAGAAAGAGGAAAAGGGUAAGCAUCAAAGCCUGCUUUUUGUAAACCACGAACAACAGAAACCCACCCGAUUUGGGAAGAGAAUGGAUGAAAACAGAGGGCUCGCCAUGAGAAAUCCCUAGAGAAGAAGGAGAAGAAGAGAAGUGCUGAUGAGGGCGCUUGAGAGUGAGAGUGGGAUUAGAGUCCACGGAAUUGCCGGUGAAGGAAGAGGUGGGAGGAAGAGGGAUUCCCAAAGGCAACGACCGCAUUUCCCGAGAUUCUGUUCUGUCCUGUCCUUGUUUGUUUCCUUUGUUGCUUCCCCUCCCUCCUCCCUCAGCAACCGCAACAAAAUCCCAGAUUCUUUUCUUCCUUCCUGCCUAGCUGGGUUUUCUUUGGGAUUUCAUUCUGUGUGGUAACUGCUGAAGUGCUGAUCUUUUUUCUUCCUCAAAGGAUGUCUUUUGCAUUGCUUCGCUCGCCCGUUUGUCUCGAUUGGGCUAUGAACUUACGAUGGACCGAAACGGGAUGUCGGCCCAGUGGAGUGAGCCCAUACAUGGGCCCAACAAGGGGAGUUUCUCCGCGUUGUGGAAGAGACACUCUGGAGAGAUGGAGAAGAUGAAUCGGUAAAGAGGAGGAGGGUGUUGAGUUCAAUUGGGGAGUUGGAUCCCAAAAUCGGCCGCUGCCGCCGGGAAGAAAGAGAAGACGAGCUCUUUCUUUCCCUUUCCGCCCAUUUAAACGAUCGCCAUCGCCAAAACGGGAAGAGCUCCUUUUCCAUUCAUAAUCACUGCAAGAAGCACAAAAGAAGGGACGAAGAAGAAGAAAAGAAAAUUUAGGUGCGUGAAAUGUCAGGUCUGCACCGAUCUUCCAGCGCUCCGUUGAAGAACGGCCAUGGCGGCCUUCCUCCUCAAGAGCUCCUCGAUGACCUCUGCAGCCGUUUCGUUUUGAAUGUUCCCCAAGAAGAUCAACAAUCAUUUGAGAGAAUUUUAUUCCUUGUGGAGUAUGCACAUUGGUUCUACGAGGACAAUUCUGUGGAGAAGAAUCCAUCAUUGAAGUCAUUCAGCUUGAAGGAAUUCACCACUUUGUUAUUUAACAGCUGUGAUAUUCUACGACCAUAUGUUCCUCAUAUAGAAAACAUAUUCAAGGAUUUCACCUCGUACAAAGUUCGAGUACCCGUAACUGGGGCAAUUAUUCUGGAUGAGACCUAUGAACGGUGCUUGCUGGUGAAAGGGUGGAAAGGGACGAGUUGGAGUUUCCCACGUGGUAAAAAGAACAAAGAUGAGGAAGACCAUGCAUGCGCUAUCCGAGAAGUCUUCGAGGAAACAGGUUUUGACGUUUCCGAGCUUCUUAACAAAGAUGAAUAUAUUGAGGAAAUAUUUGGACAACAGAGGGUUCGGCUCUACAUAAUUGCUGGUGUAAAAGAUGAUACAACAUUUGCUCCACAGACCAAAAAGGAGAUAAGUGAAAUUGCCUGGCAGCGACUGGAUGAGCUCCAACCAGCAAAUGAUAAUGUCAUAUCACGUAGUAUCAUCGGCCUCAAACUUUACAUGGUUGCUCCAUUCUUAUCGUCUCUGAAAUCGUGGAUUUCAUCUCAUCCGCCCUCUAUGGCCCCAAGACCCGAUCUCCCUCUCAAAGGUGUAUCCAUGUGGAAAGCAAGGAACAGCACGUUGGUAGGCAGCACAAGCACAGCAGUAACGGAGAGCCAAUUGACUAGGCCCAAAUCCGAUGCUCAUCAUCAUCAGCAUCAUCAUCCUCAUCCUCCUCCCUCUCCUCCCGACACGGGGCCUGGCGAGAGUUUCAGAAACUUCAGAUUCGACAAAGCUGCAAUCGUCAGAGCUGCUGAAGCUCGUUUCUCAUGACCUUCCCGUUUCCGCCCUGUAAAUGAUCUAUGCUUACAUAGAUGGAUUAGAGCAGUUGACAUGUAUUACCGCUAGCUUGCCAUCAUUCCCCAGUCGUCCUCAACGUGUUAGCUCUGAUGUAUAUUGGUUCGUGUCAGCAAAUUCCAGAUGAUGGGUUUCGUGUAAAUCCUGUACAGUAGUCCAUCCCGUUUUGUGUUGAAAAUGGAGCAGUUGUGAUCAAUUACCAUGUUAGGAAUCUGGUGGAAGUUAAAGUUUGUUUCUGUGCGCAGCGUUCCGGUAAUCUUGUAGACGACGAAAACUGCAGCUGCUGUUGUGGUUCUCUAGUUUCUUCUUUGGGGGUACGAGAAAGACACUGGAAACUUAUUGUGGGAUUCUUGUCAUCAUGAUCGUUGAGCUGAGUUGACAUGGUAACAAGACUGAUUUGAAUCGUGCCUUUCUUUUGUUGAAAUUCCAUUGUCUAAUGCGUACAUGGAGACACAGAACGACAAGCAAUAAUGUUAGCGUUGUCGCUAUCAGCCUAUCAACAUUUAGCUAAAGGAAACAUUUGCAACCACUCCCUCUGUUGGGAAUCUUUCUUUUCCUGGUGAUUAUUGUUGUUCAUCAUCUCUGGUUCAAUUCGAUUUGUCGUCACAGAGAGGUGCUGAUCAGAAGCUCAAAAACAUCAAAUGAUGUUGCGUUUGUGCUGGUCCAGAUCAAAUGAUUUUGGCCCGACUCAAAUCGUGGUUAUUAGUUUAGUUAGUGGGAUUCCCAGCCUCCCUUUUGUCAUGUGGCCUUCAAAAAAUGGGUGUCCAUUACCUCCUGGCCAGGUUGUGUAAGACAAGAUACCCCCAUCUCUUGGUUAUGGGCCACUUCUCUUGAUGUUUUUUCUCCACCUCUUUGUCGAACUAUAUUGUAUCGACAGUCUGAUUGGAAAAAUUAUUUAUUGGAGUGCAAAUCAGUGUAGAAGUUUACCGGU